CGUAAGAACCAGAAGCACGGCAAGGAUAAUCUGUCAACAAUGAGUAUUCCGCGAAAGCUAGCGCCAGAGCUUUUAUUACAGCGAUCAGAAAUCGAAAUGAAACCGUAUAUGCUGGAGUUGAUAUAUCAAGGCUUUCACGACGGCAAAACCUUGUCGAUAUGCUAUAGACAUGAAGGUCGCUCAUGAAUCCGAGUCUCACAUCUUCAGCCUCAGCGACAUGCACACGCACGAGGUAUCUCUACACUCUAUACUAUUCACAGCAUCAGCAUUUAAAGAGGUCUGCCAAGGACUCAAAUUCAGCAUACUCACGAGGUAUCAUCUUGGGGAGACACUCCGCUGUAUACAGCAGAGUCUCCAGGACAAAAGCACAGCAACUGCCAUGGCGACAGUGGGAGCGAUCGUUAACCUGGCAUCAGCAGCAUCUAGCUUUGGAGACAUCGAAACUGCGAGGAAGCACAUGGAUGGGCUAUGUCGCAUUUUCGAACUCCGCGGUGGAAUAUCACCAUUUGAAACUGCAGCGCUAGCGGAGAUGAAGUGUCAGAGGAUAGAGAUUUGUCUAGCAAUGACAGAAGGGCGAAAGCCCCGCCUCCUCACCGAUAUCCAAUCUUGGGAUUCACAUAUGCCAGAAUCUUCAAUCCAUGUUGCUUCAGAGUUCACGUCUCUGGAUCCUCGAAGCUUAACUACAGAUCAGCGAUUGCUUUCCAUCUGGGUCGAUCUGCAACACUACAGCAAAUUGGCUAAUGAAAGCGGCACGCCUAUUCCACCAGAACUGUUCCUCUCCAUAAGCACGACUCUUCCAAACAGGUUACUCCGGCUUUCUUACAAGACUCAAUCGACCUCCGAGCUUGUCAGGCUCUGCAUGCUUGUGUAUAUAAAGAGCAUCCUGUUUAGUCUUCCUAGGCUGGGGAAGAGAAUGUUUUAUCUGUCGACCAAUCUGGAAAUGGCACUUCAAGAGUUUGUCCCCUUGGAUCGGGAGAACUCGAUUUUCUUGCUCUGGGCAUUGUUCGUUGUUGGAGGUUGCAUUUUUGAGGACUUUACCCAAGCGUGGCAUCGUCAGGCUAUUCUGGAGACUUGUCGUGCUUUAGGUGUAAGGAGCUGGAUACAAUGUAGGGGGAUGUUAAACAGAGUGCUGUGGAUAGGCGACGUACACGAUCCACUAGCACAGGACGGAUUUACAAAGGUGUUUGGUGCUGCAUAAACUACACUGACGGAAUCAAUUGCGACACCCACAGUAGCAUUUCUAUCUCGAUUGACAUGAGUGCGGCACAACAGCUUAAAAUUAAGGGAAUUUCUUCCAUAUUACAAUAUUUAGAAUGAGAUGUAAGAG